AUGACAUCGCCACCUAACGACUGGGAGCAGACCCGGACUACAGAACCACUUGUAAAACUUUGGGACAAAAAGGCCCAAAAAUGUGGCCCGCAUCACACUGUGUAUUCAGUCAAUGGAGAUCAAUACACAGGCGAGUGGAUGGAUAAUAAGAAACAUGGAAAAGGAGCACAGGUUUGGAAGAAAACAGGAAUGAUCUAUGAUGGGGACUGGAGGUGUGGAAAGAGAGAAGGCUAUGGAACCCUGAGCAAGACUGACCCUGAAACUAAAGAGUAUGUGAGAGUUUAUAUUGCUAAUGGAAACCGCUUUGUGGGCACCUGGAGCGUCGGACAGAAAAACGGACACGGCAAGUUCUACUACCUGGACAGAGGUCAGCUGUAUGAAGGCUUUUGGGUUGACGGUGUUGCUAAGUGUGGAACCGCGUUUGAUUUUGGGAGAGAAGCAGCAGUUAAACCAACAGUGUAUCCAAUUCCCAUGGUCUGCCUACAGGACUCACAGGCUGUGCUGAUGGAGGCACAAGCAUUUUUCACUGAGGACAAGGAGAAAUCAACAGAGACCACGAUUCCAAAUCACAUGGUUGCUAGGCAAUAUGUACCUUGACAAUAUCCUGAAAUCAAAAAAGGCAGACUAGUGCAGUGAAAUACGUUUUAUCAACCCCUCACGCACAAUAAAAACACUAUCACACAAUACAUAAAAGCUGUUGGUACAUUCUGCAUCUACUAGUAUUGAACAAAAUGGCAAGAUUUUGUUUUUGGCAAGAAAUGCAUGUCAUACAUGAUAUAAAAGAACACAAAAAGGUGUUUGGUUGAAGUUGGUCUGAUUAAGACUUUAAUUAAAAUGUAUAAAACUGUGGGCUUUUAAAUUCCAGCACAUGCUGUGCAGUGUGCACUAAUAAAAAGAGCUUCUUAAUCAAACUUUACACAAGCUGUUUGCACAAGAUGGAUAUUAUUUCACAAACAUCUGGGAAAAAAAUCAUUGUAUUUCAAUUUGGCAAUACUGAACAUGUUAAUUUAAUGUUUUUCACCAAUGCUGCUGAUGUAACUACAUGCUUAAACGGUCCUCUGCUUAAUAAACACUUUAUAAAAAUGUGUUUGCUAGCAUAAUCACACAAUCCUGCCAGCUCUUUAGUCGUGACGGCUCUAAGCACUUGCGUCCAACUUCAGAGUGAACAGAGGCCCCUUUAAUGGGAAGCUGUUUCAAAUACUACCAAAAAAGGUCAGACAAACAUGUUGAUAAAGUGCCUUCAUUUCUACUAAGAUGUGCUCAUUCAGGGGG